AUGGCUUCUGACUCUUCUACUCAUCAGCUGGAUGUGCUCCACAUCCUUUCUGAGGAUUCGACAUGGACUGAGACCAAUGAAUCCGUGCUGCUCGAACCGUUCACCCACAUCAGUUCCAUUCGGGGAAAGGAAAUCCGGGGCCAUAUGAUUGCAGCAUUCAAUCAGUGGCUGCAAGUACCCGAAGACAAGCUUGAUGUUAUAUCUCGGGUCGUUAGCAUGCUGCAUACAGCCAGCCUCAUGGUAGAUGAUAUUGAAGAUGACUCACAGCUCCGGAGAGGAAUACCUGUCGCCCAUAAGAUCUACGGAAUACCGCAAACAAUAAACUCUGCAAAUUACGUGUAUUUCCUCGCGUACCAGGCAUUAUUUGUGUUGCGCUCCGGGAUUGGUCCUUCUUCUGAGUUGGAGAUGGAAGGCAAGGGUAAGAAACGCUUGAUUCCGUUCAGAGAGCUUGACCGAAUUGUAACGGCGGAACUUUUAUCCUUGCACCGCGGGCAGGGCCUUGAAUUGUUCUGGCGAGAUUCACUACAGUGUCCGACAGAAGAGGAGUACGUGUCCAUGGUAAAUAACAAGACCGGAGGCUUAUUUCGAGUCGCCGUGAAGUUGAUGAUGGCUUGUUCAACGACUAAUGUUGAUGUUGACUAUGUUCCUCUCGUGAACCUCUUCGGCGUGUACUACCAGAUAAGAGAUGACUAUAUGAAUCUGCAAAGUACAGAGUACACCGACAACAAGGGGUUCGCAGAGGACUUGACCGAGGGAAAGUUCUCCUUCCCAAUAGUGCACGGCGUGCGUGCGGACACGUCGAACAGACAGAUUCUCAACGUCCUGCAGAAACGCCCAUCCACACCAACGCUCAAGAAACAUACAAUUACCUACCUGCGGGAUCAUACCAAAUCUUUUGACUACACUGUAACCGUGCUCAAGAAACUCGAAUCACAAAUAAGAGAGGAGAUUGCGAGGCUCGGGGGUAAUCCAGGACUGGAGCAGAUCAUGCAGAUUCUGCAGCUCGGAUGA